AUGGCGGCCAGGCUGCAUGCCUCGAGGCUGCCUGGUCUUCGUCCGGCCGUCACGAACAGGCUACCAAGCCUGCGGCUGUCGUCCAAUAACGCCAAACACGAAGCGCCAAAGUCUACUGCGGAUGGGCCGAAAGACUUCGUCGCGAAGCCGAAUAAGAAGAAGCCUCUCUUCCCCGAGCGCCUCUUGAUCUACAAUGCCGGAACGGGCAAAACCACCUGGAUCGCCUUCUCCAAGUUGGGCACGGUCGUCUUCUUCGCCUUUGGCUGCCUGGUGAUAGCACCGCGUCUCCACGAGGAUCCAGGAUCUCCGUGGUGGGCAGCUCCUGCUGCCAUCCUCCUCACCCCCAUCCCGCUCGUCCUCACCGCCGCCCUCACCUCCCCCUUCGUCAACUCCAUCUACCUGCACCUGCCCCGCUACGCGCGCGCCUCGCGCCCGCUCCUCCGCCGCUUCGCCGCCAACCCCCCCGCCGAGACGCUGCUCGACAUCCGCACCGUCCGCCUCAACGGCUACUGGAAGACGACGGGCACCACCGUCGGCGAGCUGCGCUUGCUUCCGCCGCGGCGCAGCGGCCUCCGAGGGCUCCUCGGCGGGCUGGCUAAUUUGGAGAGGGUGCCGAGGGUGGCGAGGAGGGGAGGGGGAGGGGGAGGGGGAGGGGGAGGAGGAGGAGGAGAGAAAAAGAAGAAAGCGGGCAAGGAGGAGGAAGGGGGCGGUGGUGCUGGUGAUGGUCGUCGUGGGUGGAAGGAUGUUUUGGGCGGGUUGGACACGCGGGGGGCAGACAAGCGGGGGCUGCUGCAGCGCUUCGCCGCGCUGUUUGUCGAGCCGAGGCGCAGGUUCUACGUCGAUCCGGCCGGGGGCGGCUCCAGGAGGAGCGCGGAGCCCGGCGUGGUGGAGUUGGUGAUGAAGGCGGUGGAGAGGCAGGGUCAGCAAGGCCAGCGCAAGUGA